AUGGCACUAUGGAUGGACGUUGGAAAGGCUGGUAGGACCGAUCAUGCAAAUUUAAUCCUGGUCAGCAGGGAUGUUUCAAGUGAUGAUUGUAUCUCUGUUGGUGAUAAAACUUUCCACAUCAACAUCACUGACAUCGAUUGUGGUCCGGGUCAUGGUAUAAGCAUCGGAAGCCUAGGCAUGGGUGGAUCAGAGGCUCAAGUAGAGAAUAUUAAUGUUAUGCGAGUUAACUUUCAAGAGACAACUGAUGGAGCUCGAAUCAAGACAUGGCAGACGGGGAAAGGUAUAGUUCAAGGUGAAACCGGAGUUCAAAUCAAGGCAGUAAGCUACAGUGGAUUAAGUGGGACGUCAAAGACAGAAGUGGCAAACAAUCUGAAUUGCAUCAAUGUGGUUCCAUGCUCGGGCAUAACAUUAGACAACAUUCUACUGACACCGGCAACUAAUGAAAUCAGCCAAUUGACUUCAAGCUGCAACAAUGCGUAUGGAGAACGUCUGGUCUUCACCAUUUUUGUCACAGUUCUGCACAUCCUCACGCCAGGAGUAAGCAGUGCACUGAAUUCGUUUAAUGUGAUGAAUUAUGGAGCGGUCGGAGAUGGGAGAGCUGACGAUUCUGCUGCGUUUUUGAAAGCAUGGAAAGCUGCCUGCAAAGCUCCAUCAAGAAAUCCAAGCCUUAUUAUACCAGCAAGGAAGAUAUUCUUAUUGAAGCCUGUGACUUUCAGAGGUCCCUGCAAGUCCACUUCUAUCUACAUAUUGAUGUCAGGGAACAUUGUCUCACCCAAUUCCAAAAUGGCAUGGAAAGGUUAUCACAUUAAUAGAUGGCUUGCCUUCACGUAUGUAAACGGACUUAACAUCGUUGGAUCUGGCACAAUUAAUGGCCGAGGGCAUGCUUGGUGGCCGAACCCUUGUUUGCAUAAGGUUCCGAAGGGUGUAACAUGCAAAGGACCGACGGCACUGACAUUUUAUAGGUGCAAUGGGCUUGUGCUCAAGGGAAUAAAACAUAUCAAUAGCCAAAGAAACCAUAUUACUAUAUCCAAUUGCAACGAUGUCACCGUCUCCAACCUGCAUAUAAGUGCCCCGAGAACAAGCCCUAACACCGACGGUAUUGAUAUAUCCGGUUCAACCAAUGUUUGGAUUCGGAAUUCUUUCAUCGGCACCGGGGAUGAUUGUGUAGCUAUUAGCGCAGGUUCAUCCCGGAUCAACAUUACCGGCAUCGCAUGCGGGCCUGGGCAUGGCAUCAGCAUUGGAUCAUUGGGUGCUGGUGAGAAUGAAAAAGUGGAGGAAGUACAGGUGCGGAAUUGUACAUUCAAAGGAACUAUGACAGGAGUAAGAAUCAAGACAUGGCAGGGAAGUGUUGGAUAUGCAAGGAAGAUCACAUUUGACAAAAUUAGGUUCAUCCGAGCUGAUAGUCCUAUUAUUAUCGACCAGUACUAUUGUCCCGAUAGAGUGAAUUGUAAAAACGAGACAAUGGGCAUUAAGAUCAGCGACGUAACGUACAGCUCCAUCACCGGAACAUCAAUCACAGACAAGGUGAUCAAUUUGAGCUGCGACCAUAAUGUUGGAUGCACUAACAUUCACUUUCGUAACGUCUACAUAAAGUCCACUGUUCCAGGGAAGAAAGCCUACUCCUUCGCCUUCAACGCUCAUGGAAACUACACCCAUACCAGGCCUGUCGUCACCGGACUCUUACCUGAACCAGGACACAAGAUGGCAUCUUGA